CCAUUAAAGCUUGUAUGCUUACCGGUCAUUCCUUUCUUUCUUUCUUUCUUGUUGCAGAGGACAUAACUUGAGAAGUUUUGAAGCUCCUUUAAGCAUGGAGUCUUCAAAGCUCUAUGCUUUCCUCUUCAUUUCCAUGCUUUUUCUCUCCUCUUUCUCUCCCAUUCUUGCUUGUCCCUACUGUGGCAAAGGCAAACCUCCCAAGAAGCACAAGCCCGCCAAAAAGCCUCCCGCUGUCAAGCCGCCGGUGAAGUCGCCGCCGGUUAAGCCACCAGUAACCCUACCUCCAGUAACACUGCCUCCAGUGACGUUGCCUCCGGUGACUGUCCCGCCAGUGAAGCCACCAGUGGACUUGCCUCCAAUCAAGCCACCGGUGGAACUUCCGCCGAUCAAGCCACCGGUGGAACUGCCGCCGAUCAAGCCACCGGUUGAACUGCCUCCAAUCAAGCCACCUGUUGAACUGCCUCCAAUCAAGCCACCAGUGGAUCUUCCUCCACUUCCGCCGGUGCCGAUUCUGAACCCGCCUACUCCGAGCAAAGGAGGAGGGAAGGCGCCGUGCCCAGCACAAGCGACAUGUCCGAUAGAUACACUGAAACUGGGAGCUUGUGUGGAUCUUCUGAACGGAUUGGUGCACGUAGUGGUGGGAGACCCGGUGGUGAACAAGUGUUGCCCAGUGCUGCAAGGGUUGGUGGAGCUUGAGGCGGCAGUGUGCCUCUGCACGACGUUGAAGUUGAAGCUUCUGAACCUCAACAUUUAUGUUCCCCUCGCUCUUCAGCUUCUUGUUGCUUGUGGCAAAACCCCUCCUCCUGGUUUCACUUGUUCCCUCUAAACCCAGGUGGUCGAUGAAUUGAACGUGUGGACCAAAUCGAUCGACACGAGAUGAUAUCGAGCCACUAUUGUCUCUCUCUCUCUCUCUCUCUCUAGAUUGGAAUUUAUUGCUGUUGUUUGGUUAUCUCUCAAUAUUGUUAAUUAAAACAAUUUGUUUUUCUCAAUUCUCAGAGAUUGUUGUACGUACUUAAAUUUUUAUGCAUGUUUUAAUAUUAUUCCAAGCUAGGUCAUUUAGCAGAUAUGCUUCUGUGACGACAUUCCACAAUUAUAUAUGAUUCGCAUUUUGCUAAAGUUUAUUAUUACCUUCUAUA